CUGCUUCUUUCAGGUCUCCACUCAAGAAACCCUUAUUACGAGAGUCUGAUGAGGUCUUCAGUUUAAUAGAAGAUUUGCUGUUAACAGAACAAGAAUACUACAGAACCUUGAGAAGUGUGUGUGACGUGUAUGAAAAGCCCUUGAGGAAAUUACUAUGUUUCGGACUCGAUGAACACAAAGCACUGUUUGAAUGGGUGGAUCCAAUUAGUUCGUUAAGCAAUCUGGUAAUCAACAAGCUACAGGUGGUACUGCGAGAUUGGGAUCCUUUAAGAUCGAGAGUUGGGAAUAUUUUCAGCAAGCACCUGUGGACAAAGUAUGGAGAAUACCAAGACCAUCUUGCUUCUGUGGCAGUUCCAUUACUUAAAGAAAAGGAAUCCAACGACGAAGAAUUUUUGGCAUUGUGCCAACAGAGACAGGGGGCUACAAAGUAUUCCCUCCAGGACUUUUUAUUCUUACCGCUGGAACGACUGGCCCAGUAUGAAAGUAUUCUCUCCCAGGUGGCAGCACAAACACUUGAAAAACAUCCGGACUACAGUGAUCGCUGGAGAGCAGCAUCUAAAGCUGUGAACAUGGUUCGAAGAGGAGAAACUACUGUAGAGGAAACUGACCUUGACAGGGUUCAAGACCUUUUCCCAAAUGAUAACCUUAACCUGUAUGAAAAUGAACCCUACUUUUCCGCGCAUUUGAAAUUUCCGUCGUUAUCGGAAUCAGUUACGGAAGUGGAAGUUCCUGAUGUAAUAUCCGUCCAUGAGAAGGAGCGCCGCAUUGGAGUCUUACGCAGGAAAUAA